ACCUCCGCUAGGCGCAUGCGUCCCUUCCUAAAGACGUCUCCUUUCCUUCCGCUUUGCGCCUUUUUCGGCCCCAGCGACUUGCCAUCGCCCGUGAGGAGGCGCUCACUACUUGAAGUGAUGGCGACUGGGACCCCAGAUUCGCAAGCACGAUUUGGUCAGUCCGUGAAGGGGCUUCUCACAGAGAAGGUGAACACCUGUGGUACUGACGUGAUUGCGCUCACCAAGCAGGUGCUGAAGGGCUCCCGGAGCUCCGAGCUGUUAGGUCAGGCAGCUCGAAACAUGGUACUACAGGAAGAUGCCAUCUUGCACUCAGAGGAUAGUUUAAGGAAAAUGGCCAUAAUAACAACACAUCUUCAAUACCAGCAAGAAGCUAUUCAGAAGAACGUUGAGCAAUCAUCAAAUCUACAGGACCAGUUGAAUCACCUCUUGAAAUAGAACAGCUUACAAGGGGGCAAAGGCACUUCUUCACCUGACACUGAGGAGGAGAUAUCUUACAUAAUUAUUGUGCUGUGGGUUUGAUUUUCCCUUUUCUUCUCCAAAUGUUAUGUUAGAAUCUGUGAAGAUGAAUAGUUUCUCCUGAAAGGAAGCUAGGUGAUUGAAUUUCAGAAGCACUUCUUGAAUCAGAUCUACCCAGUCUCUUAUUGAAUUUUUAAGUUGCCUUUCUUGAUGUUAAAGCAGAAUUAAAAGAUGUCUUACCAUGGACAUCCCAUAGACUCUUAGUAUGUCAAAAGCCACAUUAUCUAAAUGUUAUUUCUUAAGCAAAUACUGAGUAAUGUUUUAAAUUCAGACAUAGAGCUUCUAUUGUGAACAUAUAAGAAUAAUUAAUAUUGUGAACAUUUAAGAAUAAUUAAUAUUCUUUUUUAAAGACUUUUUUUCUUCUAAUCAUACAUUCAGAAAACAUUUUAAUUUCAUGGUCAGAGAAUGGCAAUAGGUAAUACCUGUUGUUUUGUUUUCUAAUAACUGAGAGGAGAUACUUAACUUUGUUACAGCAAAUUCCUAAAUGAAAAGGAGGCAAAUGAUAGCAUAUCUGGCCAGCUGCAACCUCCUGCCUUGACCUUCAUUCCUAGGUUUUCUUUGUUGUUGUGACACUUGAUUAAGUGGCCUUGAGGUCAUUUUGUAAUUUUGCUAGUCAUUAGCAAAUUCACUUUUUUUUUUGUCUUUUUAGCUAUUUCUUGGGCCGCUCCUGUGGCAUAUGGAGGUUCCCAGGCUAGGGGUCGAAUCGGAGCUGUAGCCACCAGCCUACGCCAGAGCCACAGCAACGCGGGAUCCGAGCCUCGUCUGCAACCUACACCACAGCUUACGGCAACGCUGGAUCGUUAACCCACUGAGCAAGGCCAGGGACCGAACCCGCAACCUCAUGGUUCCUAGUUGGAUUUGUUAACCACUGCGCCACGACGGGAACUCCCAGCAAAUUCACUUUUAUGACAUUAUUGCCAAAUGGGAACGCAGUUGAAUUACUGUAAGUCACUGGGGUGUAGGGUUGUGCCCUGGAGAGAAAACCUUAUGUUUGUAGACAUUUACCUAUGCUCAUUGAAUUUGUCUCAUUAAAUGCCAUUACCAUUA